UUCAACGGCUUCAACAGACAACACAUACAGAGAAUUUUUGUUUUAUUUGGUUUUCUAUUAAAAUAUUUCGUAUAUUUGGCCCUUGUGGAAAUGCUACGAAGGAACUAACUGUGACCUGUCCAAUGAUCAAAUCAAAAUUAAUAGAUUAGAUAUGGAAUCGUCCGCUAGCGUUGAUAAGAAAACUCAACCAAACAACACCACAAACCCGGUGACAGUCGAAACUCUUGACAUCGAAAUUCUGCCAGUUAUUUACGAUAUUAUUCGGGGUAUCGAGAAAGAUCCCACCGACAACGCAGCGAAACAAAGAGAAUCUCAGGAUUGCAGUCAAAAGGUAUUGGAGCUGCAAAAGCGCAUCGAAAGUGCCCGAAAUCAAAUCAAACAGUUGCCUGGUAUCGAUUACAACAUCGAAGAACAAUUGCAACGCUUGGAAACGCUUCGAAAUCAAUUGACCCUCAAGCAACAGCUCAUCAAAAAGUACAAGAACACUCCGUUUUAAGAAGGGCCGCAUCUAUUUCCAAAGAGUUGAGUGAUGGUGUUAAGGUUUUUGUUACGUUACUUUGCCAAUAACGAACAAUUGGUGCAACGGCUGUCUGAAAGUUAUCCGAUAAGACGAGCAGCACAGUUACUAGUGGCUGCAUU